AGAAACGAUAGCGCCCUCAAUUAAAUACAAGUACCAAGUACAAAAUAAAAAAAAUAAUUUUUACGGAUUCUCUAUAAUAAAUAACGAUUAAUUAAUAAUUUAUAUUAUUAAUAUAAAAUAAUAACAAAAUAUUUUAUCUACGUAAUAAUGAUAAAAAUGAUAAGAACUCGAUGUUAAUUUGGAUGUGAUAGAUAAAUAAAAAUAUAUAAAUAUUUAUUAAUAUAAAUAAGUAAGUUAGUAAAAUGUAUGAGAACUUAUUCAAGAGUCCGCUGCACCGUGUAUUUCUAUAUGGUACAUUGAAACGAGGUGAGCCAAAUCAUGAAUUGAUUCGUGAUACUGCUAAUGGUUAUGCAAAGUUUUUAGGGAUCGGUAAAACUAAAAAUAAAUAUCCUCUGGUUAUUGCUACACGUUUUAACAUUCCUUUUUUAUUGCAUAAACCUGGUGUUGGACAUCAUGUGCUUGGGGAAGUUUAUGAUGUCGACACAAAAAUGCUGGAAAAAAUGGAUCAAUUGGAAGAGCAUCCAACUUUUUACACACGAUUAGAAGAUGAUGUUCUGUUGGCUCCAGAUAAACCAGAUUUCAAUUUUGAUCAAGGUAUUUCAUGUGCAACAAAAGCCUACAUAUAUUUCCUUCCUAAAUUUAAAAGUUCAUUACUCGACAAACCGAUGUACUCAAGUUACAGCAACGAGGGAAACCACGGACUUAAAGUCAACUUCGUUGCGCCUUGGCCGUUUAUCACUGACGUGGGUAAGAAGCAAGGAGGAACUAUUGAAUAUUUAAAAAAAUUAAUCAACGCUUAACUUAUCGGCUAUCACAAGAUGAGACGUAAGAACAAGAAUUCAACUGAAAUGUAUAAUUAAUGCUAAGUAAAGUACAAUAAACAUCAUUGAAGAAAUGAAUAGUCGGGAUUUUGAAUCCCAACUUCAUUUAUUGUAGAUAAAAAAUAAUUGAAGCACUUGAAUUUAUAUAAAUUAUAAUCACUUAUUUAAUAAAUAUAUAUUUAUCAUAGAUUAUUUAGGAACUUAAUUUAUGAACAGUAUUUUAUUUUAUUUCAUUUAUUAUUCAAUUUUUCGCCACACAUGUACCAUAUUUGCAAUUACUUUUUUUCCCCUUGCGCAACAAUUAUAAUAUUUAUUUAAAUGGCUUACAAACUGUAAAAAAAAACUUGUUUACAAAUGACUAAAACAUAAUAAUUUUUACUUAAUUAGUUUUAUGUUUAAUUAUAUUAAUCAAUAAUAAAAGUUAUAAUUAGAGACGUCGUUUAUAUUUUCGUUGAGAAAAAAAAUAAUGCAUGAUAAUAAAAGUUAUUAAAUAAUAUACCUUUUUUCUGUACAAAUAAAUCUGCGUAUCUGCUAAUUAACAAAACAGUAAAUUGAUUACAAUGUGAUGUAAUUAAAAAAAUAAGACCACAGGAAUAAUAACUUUUAUGAUUUAAAAUAAAAAUUAUUUAGGCAGUAGUUAUGAAGAUAUUAACAAAUGUCUGAUGAAAUUUUAUGCAUGUUAUGGUUCAAUUUAUAAUUAUUUAUUGUUAAUUGUUUAAAAAAAUAACCAAGAGUUCAUGAACGUUUUUAAAUAUUUCUUACAUAUAAGAUUAAGAAUAAAAAUAUAAAAUGAUAAUUAUUUUUUUUUUGUUAUUAAUAAAUAUAGUCUAUCAAAUUUAUUCUCGGCUACUUAUCUUGGACUUUCAAAUAUUUUUUAAAUUAAUGCCGUCUUGUAGAUAUACUAUAACAUAUAUUCAAUAUUGUAAUGCAUGAAUAUGUAAUUAAAAUUCACAUAUAUUUAUACAUUUGUUCUUUAAUAAAGACGUAAAAAAAAUAUUGGUAUCAAAGCCUCUGUUGUUAAUAAAUAAAUUUAUUGUUUGCCAGCAUUAGAACAUAAAUAAAACUAAAUGCAGAUUAUUAGAUUUACAGAAAAAAUUUAAAGCCCAAGAUUAUUGGCUCACUUCCUGUUAUCAUUUUAUAUUUAUAUAAAAAUUUAAAAAAAAAUUAUGAUUAUAAUAUUAAAUUAUUUACUAAUUUUAUCGUUCAUCUCUCGCAAAAAUUUUCCUAUGGUCACACAAAUCUCCCUAAUUUUACGAUUUUAAAAAAUUAUUAACCUAACGAAAAUAGUAAAAGAUACGUCAACAAAAAUAAUAACAGACAUAA